GAGGCGUGACAAUCUGUGGGAAGGCAAGCCACGACACACGAAGGCCUCUCCAUCUUCCCAUGCAUCGUUGCCUAGCUUCAUCGGCAGCAGCCACACGGAAAGACUCCGCGAUACUGGAACCGACGUAACGUUCCUGCACUUUGCUCGCCUACUCGUCGCCUCGCCCCUUUCGCCCUCAACCACCGAAAUCCCAGCACGAAAAUGAGACCUAUACCUCCCACCGCGACCCAGUCCUCGCCGACCCGUCCUGCUUCACAAGUCAUCUCCUCACAGCAGCAGCAGGCCAGCUCGCCGCAAACUGCAUCGGCGCAAGCAGACGAUAAGGCGGUGUCAGACGCGCAGGUGGAGGAGGUUGCACUUCCGCCGGCGAAGCCUCCAGUCUGGACGUACUCGCCGCUACAAACGACAGGAACAACGCAACCAGCAACCUCUCAGUCAGGCGCUCCACCCAAACCACAACGGCUAUCCUCAACCGACUCAAAGCCCCAGUCUUCACCUCAGCAGAACGCACCAGCCCUCACCACAACGUGUAGCGCAACAUGCGCCUCAACCUGUGCAUGGAAAACGAAAGCGCGGGACUCAGUGAUAUGUCUUGUCCAUGGGUCAGCUUGCACGUACUCGCCGUCGGACGUGCUGGCUUCGUUGCAGGAGAGGGUAGUGGAGCUUGCUAACACGGUUUCAGAGCGAGACGCCGAGAUCGCGACAUUGAAAGAGCGGAUAGCAGAGUUGGAGCUGAUUGCGGAUAGAGCAGAGACGGAGAAUGAGGUGAACGCUGCCAAAGCGUUCGCUCGAUCCGCAGUCAAAGAGAUGAACGAGGCUGGUGCGGCUGCAGGACGAAUAUCCGAUGAUCUGAAAGCGGCAAACAGUGCGUCUGAAGGCGCAUCCAGUGAGGCACAACCAGCACCAAAAGUAGACAAGAGCGUGCCUGUCCUCGAGCGAUCCGGUCGCUCAUUGGCACAUGCCACAAGAGCUCGCCCUUCUCCACGAGCCCGCAAAACAUCCGCUACGCCCAAAGAUACCACAUCGCAACCGGGUGACUCCACCAGGGCCACCGCGGUCCCACAACCAUCCGAUCCCACCCCGCUUUCGCAAGAUGGCGCCGCAUCCACCCAUGGCAGCGCGGACAGCAUUAACAGCAAUCCACAGGAAGAGUUCAAGAAGAAGAUUGCGAUGAUGGGCGGUGUCAACCCGCUGAUGGGGAUGAAUCCAGCCAUGAUGGUGGGACAGCUGAAGGCGACAGGGAGGUUGUCGAAGGGAGAGCGGUAGGGACCGCGAAUAUGAUAUCCUAUGGGAUUCCAGGGGGACCCAAC